AUGGCUGGCGUUGUGGUUGUGAGUUCCGAGAAUGAGUGGAGGACACUCCUCAGCGAUGCGAAGGACAAGGGGAAAGUGGUCAUCGUGGAUUUCACGGCAACAUGGUGCGGCCCUUGCCGGAUGAUCGGUCCCAUCUUUGCCCAGUACGCGACUGAAUACACAUCGAUCAUCUUCGCCAAAGUGGAUGUUGACCAACUUCAGAGCGUGGCAGCGGAGUGCAAUAUUUCCGCCAUGCCUACCUUCCAUGUGUUCAAGGACGGCAAGAAGGUGGAUGAGCUUGUUGGAGCGAGCCAGGACAAGCUCCUAUUGUUGAUUCAGAAGUACACUUAG